AUGGCGAUGGACCAGACACUGAUCAAGACCAUCAACAAGCUACAGGAUGCAUUUGCAUCGGUCGGUGUCCAAAACCCGAUCGAUCUCCCCCAAAUCGCCGUCAUCGGAUCCCAGUCAUCAGGAAAAUCAUCAGUACUCGAAAACUUGGUCGGAAGAGACUUCUUGCCCAGAGGAACCGGGAUCGUCACCCGAAGACCACUCGUCCUCCAACUCAUCAAUCGACCCGCCACCUCUAAACCAACACCGGCUGCUGCCAACGGCGCUGAGCCUGCAGACCCUGAUAACCCUGUCCCGCUCAAGCCAGGCGAAGACUCAAAUCAAAACCCAGACGAAUGGGGCGAAUUCUUGCACAAACCUGGAGAGAAGUUCUUCGACUUCAACAAAAUCCGAGACGAAAUCGUCCGAGAUACAGAGACCAAGACCGGCAAAAACGGCGGAAUCUCACCCCUGCCGAUCAACCUGCGAGUCUUCUCACCCCACGUGCUCACACUCACCCUGAUCGAUCUGCCCGGUCUGACCAAGGUACCCGUGGGCGACCAGCCGCGGGACAUCGAGAAGCAGAUCAAGGACAUGCUUUUCAAGUUCAUCACCAAGCCCAACUCGAUCAUCCUCGCCGUCACCGCCGCCAACACCGAUCUGGCCAACUCGGACGGCCUCAAGCUGGCUAGAGAGGUCGACCCCGAGGGCAGCCGAACGAUCGGCGUGCUCACCAAGGUCGACCUGAUGGACCAGGGCACCGAUGUCGUCGAUAUCCUCGCAGGCAGAAUCAUCCCCUUGAGGCUCGGAUACGUCCCCGUCGUCAAUCGCGGCCAGAGAGAUAUCGAACAGAAUAAGAAGAUCACCGCCGCACUCGAUAACGAGAAAGACUUCUUCGAAAAUCACUCGAGCUACCGAAGUAAGAGCCAGUACUGUGGUACGCCCUUCUUGGCUAAAAAGCUCAACAUGAUUUUGAUGCACCACAUCCGCAACACGUUGCCCGAGAUCAAGAACAAGAUCGGCCAAUCGCUUGCGAAAUACCAAGCGGAGUUGACGGCGCUAGGCGGACAGUUCGGCGAGCCGAACUCGAGCAACGUCGUCCUGUCGAUCAUCACCGAGUUCUGCUCGGACUUCAGGACGGUCAUCGAUGGUAACUCAAACGAUCUGAGCAUCAACGAGCUCAGUGGCGGCGCCCGGAUUGCCUUCGUCUUCCACGAGCUCUUCAGUAAUGGCAUCAAACAAUUGGACCCUUACGACCAAGUCAAAGACGGCGAUAUUCGCACGAUCCUCUACAACUCCUCUGGCUCUUCUCCUGCGCUUUUCGUCGGCACAACAGCAUUUGAAGUGAUUGUCAAGCAGCAGAUCAAACGUCUCGAAGAUCCCGCCCUGAAAUGCUCCUCGCUGGUCUAUGAUGAGCUGAUUAGAAUACUGACCCAGUUACUCAACAAAAACCAAGGAUUCAAACGCUAUCCUGCCCUGAAGGAGCGAUUCUAUUCAGUGGUGGUAGCGUUCUACAAGAAAGCGAUGCUCCCGACGAACAAGUUAGUAUCCGACCUAGUAGCGGCAGAAGCGACGUACAUCAACACGGGCCAUCCGGACUUCAUCAGCGGCCACAAGGCGAUGGCCCUGGUGAAUGCGAAGAUCGAGGCGGCCAAGCCGCCGCCGCCGUCGGGACCUGCGGCGCUGGACAAGGCGGGCAAGUUGCCCCCCGGCGCAAUUAAUAACGGCAGAGACCUCGACGUCGAUAUGAAGCAGGACCCCGGCUUCUUCGGCAGCUUUUGGAAGGGCGGCCAGCCUGGGCCUCGCAGGAAGGGCGCCGCGGGCUCGCUCAUGGAGCCCCCGCCCCAAACUCUCAAGGCCUCGGGCACCCUCUCGGAGCGCGAAGUCAUUGAAACCGACGUCAUCAAACUCUUGAUCAGCUCGUAUUUCAACAUCGUCAAGCGCACGGUGAUCGACAUGGUCCCGAAAGCCAUCAUGCUGAAGCUCGUCUCGCACUCGAAGGACGACCUGCAGCGCGAACUGCUCUCAGAGUUGUAUCGGCCCGACGUCCUCGACGACCUCAUGAAGGAAAGCGAGACGGUCGUCAAUCGGAGGAAGGAGUGCAUCAAGAUGAUCGGCGCGCUCGAGAAAGCUAACGAGAUCACCGCGACCGUUUGA